AUUCUGAACUCUUAGUUUUAUGUCUUUUAUGUUCCAGGGACAUGGCAAACCUAUGUGGUAGAAGAUCAAAGUUUAUGGUACAAAAUAGACAAAAACACUCCAAUUGAAUAUGCUGCCACUAUUUCUGUUAAUCCUUUGAGUGCCUUGAGAAUGCUUGAGGACUUUGUGGCUUUAAAAUCAGGGGACACAAUUGUUCAAAAUGGAGCUACAAGCAUAGUAGGGCAAUGCGUUAUUCAAUUAGCUCGAAUUCGUGGAAUUCAUAGCAUUAAUAUCAUAAGAGAUAAACCUGAAUCUGAUAAAAUUAAAGAAAAAUUAAUUAAAUUUGGCGCUAAUAAAGUAUUUACUGAAAGUGAACUUGAAGUCAAAGGUGUCAAAAAUCUCCUGGGUGAUAUACCUAAACCUAGUUUGGGUUUGAAUUGUAUUGGUGGAAAUGCAGCUAAUAUGGUGGUAAAAUUCUUGAAGCAAGGUGGUACUAUGGUUACAUAUGGAGGGGUGUCAAAGAAGCCAAUUACCAUAUCUACUCCAUAUUUUAUAUUCAAGGAUAUUUCCUUGAAAGGAUACCUGUUACAAGAAAAGAAUUUAGAUGAAGCACAAUAUAGGUGUUCGAUUGAUCAUCUAUUGGCCCUCGUUCGUGCUGGGAUAUUGCAAUAUGAGAUGGAUAUGGUACCUUUUAAAGAUUUUCAUAUAGCUCUUGAAAAGGCAAUGGGAAAACAAGGAAGUCAAAGGAAACAAAUUCUAAAAUUUUAAAAUAAAUUAGCUUCGAUUAUUGUUAGACUAUAUUUUUCUACUUGAAUUUUGUCAUUUCAUUUCUCUCUUCAUCAUUUAAUUUUAGGCAUCUAGUUUAUUAUC